AUGGGGGCCAGGGAGUACCUCAACAUUACAGAGGUCCCCCCUUCCCUCCCCUCUGAGAGAGGUACUAGCAAGGUUGCCGAGGAGACAGCAGCAUCGGAACAGCAGCAGAAGCAGGAGCAGCAGCAGGAGCAGCAGGAGGUAGGAACCUCACCAGGCAGCCAACAUAGUGACCAAACCAGCGCACCAAUACACAUCAACGGUCAGGAUAUGGACGCUAGUAGUGACGAAGGUGUGGUGACGGAGGAGGUGGUGAUCCCCAGGAGGGUCAACACCAGACUUGCUGAGCCAUGGGACUCAUUCUCACCCAUUGAUGUUACUACUAAUGGGGUGAGUGUUAUUGUUCUUGUUAUUACCCACUUACGUUAGUACUAAUGGGGUGAGUGCUGUUAUUACCCACUGACGUUAGUACUAAUGGGGUGAGUGCUGUUAUUAACCAUUGACGUUAGUACUAAUGGGGUGAGUGCUGUUAUUACCCAUUGACGUUAGUACUAAUG